UUCUUCUCUCUUCAAUAUGGAAUAAAUCUUUACUCCUUCCUUUCUAGCCUAUGCAUGCUGACCAGGCUACCUACUUGAGCAGUUUAAAUGGGCUGUUUUUAAUCUUGAUAAAUUACAUUACAAGUUUAGAAUACUUCAUCAUGAAGUAUUUUUUAGGCACACCAGAAAAACCUAAUUUGUCCAUCCCUACUAAAUCAAUGGCUGGAGUUGAGAUUACUGCAGUUUGCUCAAUUCCAUUCACAUGUCCAGAACACCCUCCAGAUAUCACCUGGAGUCUCUCAAAUGCUACAUCAUUUCAACACAUAAAUGAGUCAAGAGCUAUAUGGGCUACGGCUUCAGUCCUUCGUUUCAUACCAACAGCUCCUGAGCACAAAAUGCUUCUUUCAUGCACAACUUAGUACCAUUGAGGGAGUCGAUCAGAGAGCUCUGUGACUUUAAAAGUGGAAUGUAAGUACUGGCACCUUCCAGUUACACACAAUUUUCACAUAAGACUUUUAAUUACAUAAAAUGUUUUUUUUCUUCUUUCAAGACAAGGCACCUUCCGCAUCACAAUCAACCUAUUUUGAGGUCAUAAUCCCAUUCUUCCUCUCUCGGCUGUGACUACUGUAUGCCCACAGUUGGAGCCCUGAUACUUUCAGAUGGUAUUUUAAAUUGAGAUCCUGGUGACACUAAGUACAUUGAAGGUUUCAUGGUACAUGUCAUGUCAAAAUUCCAUUCCAAUCUGGUUUAUAAUUGUUAGGACAUGGGGGGUUUCUCAAUGUACUUGGUCUUUGGAACCAAUGUAAUUGGUCUUUGGAACUGAAUUGUAUGGUAGUGUAACAGGGAUUAUCAAAGUUUCUGUUUUGAGUGGAUCAAAAUCACAUUUUUUUUCUGAGCAUCUUUAUUCUGUGUUUCUAUAUUGUACCCAUUGUUCUGAAGAUGUAUGUCUUCACAGGCAUCUUCUUGAAUUAUCAUUGUCUCUUUAUGUCUGCAGUUUGUGUCUUGUUUGUCAUGAUUGUAGUCUCUGGAGCUUUGAAACUGCGAUGAACCAAUGGAGCACCAACAACAAUCCAGGAGAACCAAUGAACAACACAGAAAAGGAGGUCGGGAGAACUCUAAACUGGGCCUCAAAUAUCAUCAGAAGCUGAGCUGUCCCAUUGAGUUUCCUUUGAUGCAGAAGAUGAGGAUGUUACUGUGGAGUCACAGGCAGCUGAUUCUCUAUUUCUGUCUGCAAGUGUAUUCCAGCAUCCUCUGUGAAGACUGGAGUAUCGAUGUUCCCGAAAAGAUACCUGCUUUCGAAGGCUCGUGUGUUGUCAUACCAUGUACAUUCAAGUACCCAGAAACACUCAAAAAUAAAAAAAUUAUAAGUAUAUGGAAAGAUAAUGAAAAUGCAGUGAUUUUCCACUCUGACAGUAAGAGUUUGAUUGUUAGUGAAUUUCAAAAUAGAACAGAACUGGUUGGUGAGAUUAAGCAGAACAACUGUUCCCUAAUGAUUGACAGGCUUAAGGAAAGUGACCAUGGUCCAUUUUACUUCAGAAUUGAAAUUGAACAUCCCAACGACUAUAGCUUUAUUAAAAACAAAGUCUCAAUAGAGAUAUCAGCUUCCCCAAGUCCAUCAGUAAAUGUAUUUGAUGAUCAGGCCACAUGUUCUGCUACCAGCUUUUGUCCAAAAUAUCCACCCAGUAUCACAUGGAAUAACAAAGGAAACACAGUUGAUAUUAAAAGGAAUGUGAAGAAUGUGACAAAUGGCCAGUGGGAGUGGAGCUCAUCCAUUACCCUGAAAAAUAUCCAGGAGACUGCAAAUUGCACAGUUAACUUUAGUGGAAAGUAUUUGCAUCUGUAUUUCAAUCCAAGCGACGUGUUGAAGCCAGAGAUUCUGGAGAAAUCAGAGUGUGAAGUCAAUGGAACAGGAGUAUCUUGCCAUUGCAUUGUGAAAUCCGAACGUGAUGUUAACAUCAUUUGGUACCUUAUUAACGAAACCCGGGCCAGUGACAGCUCUGAGGUCCAGAACUCAGUGACUACAGCCACCCUACACUUAGACAGCAUCCCAAAGAAGGUGUCCUGUGUUGCUAACAACACAUAUGGCAAAGUAAUCAAAGACCUUUUGCUGUCCAAUAAAGAUUUCCUUCUUUACAUCUACAUUGCUGUCCCCAUUGCUGUACUUCUCCUAAUCCUUCUGAUUGUCGGAGCACUGAAGCUAACACACAGGAGAAAGAGUGCAAUGAUUGGUGAAGCAGUUAAUGGUUGUAACAUAUCCAAAAAUCAGCCUUCUUCAUCAGACUACUCUUCGGCCAAGAAUAGACAGAAAAUGGACCUUCAUAAGAAUGAGGAACCCACAUACAUAAACAUUCAGGCUAGACCAGAGGUAACCAAAUGUGAAGGCCCUGAAACAGAUGAUGUUUAUGAAAACGUGGAGGUUAUUCUGAGUCACUCUGGUUGUGAACUAAAACGCAGCUCCAAGCUUUGAAUCCCCUGUGUCCGUCUGCAGAAGGAUGUGGAAAGCUAUCAGAGCUGGUUCCCGCCUGAAGGUUUAGUAGCAACAGUAACAACGAAGCAGCUUUUUCCAUUUUGCCAUUAUUUGUUUAAAAUUCAAGGCUGGUGCAGUUUAUACAUCUGCCAAACAAGAAGGAAAGGAAAGGAAUACAGUCUAAGAAGGAAUUUGUUUUUCAAAAUAUUCUGCAAAGCUCAGUGACCUCAUUAACUCAUUGAAGGAAUUUGUUUCUGCUGACAUACAGUAUGAUCAGCUGUACCUUUACAAACACAAGAGGAAAAAAAGAAGAAACUUUAUGAAAAAGUCAACUCCUACAUGGAUCACAACUUCCUAUAUGGAGGAAUGGCACCACUGAUAAAGGGAUUUCGUUUGACAGAUAGAUUCAUUCCUACAGUCCAGUCAGGCUGGUUGAAGACUGAGAUGGCAAUAGCUGAUUGUGACAGAAUUUGUUCCCAAGUGGUUGGAUGUGAUCAAUCUAUUUCUCCAGCGGAAAAAUGUAUCACUUUGCUUUGGUUAGAAUAGUGGGAGAUCAUUGCCAUUAAACAACAGUGACCAGUUUUUAUAUUGUUCUAAUUUAGGGUUCCUAAUUUCCUGCUGCACCAUUUGCUACAGUAUCUUCAGAUUAACUAAUGGCACUUAAUUCAGAACAAAUAAUGAUACAACAGAUGUCAACAAUCCCAGUGCACAGCUUUAUUCAAUGUAUAAAAAAUCCCACCAAAGAUGUAAUCCAGUGGAAUAUGGCUUUAAUGCCAAUUUUAACACUCUAAUGCACAGUCAUUACCAUCAUUUUCGUUUAGCUAAUGAAGCGAAUGGAAGUCAUUUGGAAUGCACAGUUCUAGGAACAUUAUAGAUCUGGCAAAAACAAUUACUUUUUCCAGUCUGCUGGGCUUCAGAUGAUCAAGUUAGGUUCUAAAACGAAACAAUCGACAUAGAGAUGUCCUAAAAAAUAGCUCAUGUUUUUUUUAUAUUUCAAAAAACGACGUCAUUUCACUAUUUUAAAUUAAAAUCUAUUCAGAUUAUGUGCUGUAUUUUUAAUGUAUAUCAAACUUGUUGAGCUUUUUGAACAUGAAGGAUCUUAAAAAAGUUGCUUAUUUUGCUUCAUAAAAAUAAUACUGCCAGUUCAUUGUGCUUCCAUUUUACAUCAGUGGUUGUGCAACUUAUUUUCAGGAAAUCAACUGUACACUGGAUAGUUUGAGAGUUUUUUUCUACUGAGGCAACAGCUGUUGAAUCUAUGAUAUCUAAGCCCUGUGUAUGUAUCAUUUUAAAACCCAUUUAUGUCUUGUAUUAAGAUUACAAUUCAUAAACCCCUCACAAUCUGUAACAUUAUACAAGUGCUUUUUUUGAGGAGUCUCACUGCUCCUGAGCCCUGGCUUCAUUUGUAGAUUGUGAAAGGAUAUUUCGUAAUUGGCAAACUGCCCCUGGGUUUUUAAUUGUAUCUUGGUCAUGUGAUGAUUUGGAAACAAAUUCAAAUUGUAUCGCCAUCUAGUGUCCUGAAUCUGCCCCCCCAAAAAAAUGUAAUUGCAAAGAAUAAUCGACAAUCUUCUCUUAUUAAUAAAGGUAAAAGACAAUAAGAAUGACCUGAACUUGCAAUAAUUUACAGGAUAGUCUUAAAUUUAUAGGAUAAGAGGUAGAAAAAUAGCCUGUCUUUAGACAUAUGACAUAAUGUGAGAACAAAUCUGGUUAGUUGCAGUGGCCAGACGUUGAUGCACAGCUAGAGGUAACACAGAUACACAGUCACCUUGGGAUAUCCCAGCUACAGAUACAUUUUGGACAAGGGAUUUUUGUUUAAUCAGUCCACGCUGUGUGAAGUUCUCUGUCUGCUGUGUUCUGUACUGUAUGUGGAGUUUUUGAGUACAUAAAAAUUGUGUGAGGAAAGCUCAAAGCGGAGGUUUGUAAAAGGCUCCUAUGGUUUUCAAUCCUUCAUUACAGAGCAUAGGAAGUGAAUAUGGCAGACCAUCGGAUUUCAGAAAUGUUUUUUUAUUAUUUAUAAGCUGAAUAAGACUGAAUAAGGAGUUAUUGAGAAGCUUUGAAGAAUGUGAUUGAUUCAUUUGCAGAAUUAAUACAAGGUACUGUAGAAGUUUUGGGGGGGAUUUUCUGAAAAAGAUAUGAAUGUGUGUUUAAUCUCUACAGAAUAGUGUUUAAGAUUUUGAACUUCUGAAAAUGAACUUUUUCUUUACUAUUUAUUAUUGAUGGCCAGUUUUAUGCAACUUUUGUACAUGAUGUUACCGCAUUCUAGAUAUAUACUGUAUGCAUUAUAUUUUGAUUGAAAAUUGAAUAUGCAUUGUGUUUUCCCCAGCUGGUUCAAAUGAAGAAUCAGGCAGUUUAUUCUGUUACUGUGGCUUAUAUGGAAUCUUAUCUGUUUUCCUGUUGCUCUUGAUUGUAAUUGAAUCAACACUUGAUUCAAUUAAAAAUGUUAAGCUGUCAGGUCAGGAAACAGCCAAAAUCCAAAAGUCAGGCAAUUAGUCCAUGGAAAAUUCAGCAAAGGCUAGAUCAGGAGCUCAGAGUGUUGAAAACAAUACUGAGCACAGCUUGAACAAACAGCAGGGUUUAAGUAGGUUUGGAGAGGGGAGGCGUGGUGAUGUAGGGACACUGGGCAAGCAGAGUUUGGCUACUUCUGUCUGCUUGAUCUGCGCCUCUGCUGAACAGAUAAAGUCGGCACUAGAGGUUUGGGUGCCCUCUAGUGGCAGGAUGCUGGGACUGUAACAUCAAAUCAAGAAUUUUGAGUGAUUUGUCACGAAUAGACUUAUGAAACUACAGUAUGUUGCUUUAGUCUUGAACAUGACUGAACACUUAUGAUGUUUUUGCUCAGGUAUUUGAAGCCAUAACAAUUAUUACCAAUAUUUUCUGUAUUAGCCACUCAAUGGUGUCCAGAUGUGACAGGUAUGAGCACAGUACAAAGAUGCUGUUGUGUAAUCUCAGAUGGGUGCCUAUCCACCUUUGGUCAUUCUAAACAUUCAAAAGGCUUGUGAUUGGAGCCUGUGUAGCUCAACUGUCAUAGUUGGUGACUUGCCAAUCGAAACUAUUGCAGCUGCUGUUAACCAGCCUAAGCCUCAUUUUCAAACUCUUUCAAAGAGCCAGUAAUUCAGCUGUCAGGAAAUGUGGUAAGUAUCCACACUUACUUCAGUUUCGUUAAUUGUAGUUUGCUGUGUUAUUUGUUGAUAACUUGGUAUUUAUCAUUGUGGGGUGAAUAAAACAGAAAUAUGUUCAAAGAGAUAUUAAGGGUCUUUGAAAUGUUUUUAUAUCCUUCCCCUGAUCUGU